AUGGGUCUCGCCGGACCCGAAGGCAAGUGGGACUUUGGAGCUAAACCAACACAACGACUUGCAGUCUCCCGCGACCCAAAAAUAGAAAGAAACAACACAACAAGCCCUCCGUCUCCCUUCUUCACAACCCCCCUCCUCCUCCCUCCUCCCUCCUCCACCACCGCCACCAUGGACAAGCUUCCGCCGCCGGGGACGGCAGCGGGACCACCCCCCUCCACCACCUUCGUCCACGCCGACGCCACCAGCUUCCGCGAGGUCGUCCAGCGCCUCACCGGACCCCUCGACGAAGCUCGCGGCGGCGCCACAGUCAGGCCCCCGUCGCCACCGGUAAGGGCCCCCCGCCCCGCGGCGGCGCCGCCUGGGCCGAGGGUGACGGGGCUCAAGAGGCCCUUCGGGCUCCAGGAGCGCCGCCAGGGUCCGCCGAGGCCCGCCCUCGUCAUUCCCAACCCGGUUGCCGUCCAAGGGUUGACCUUUACGCCGGUGACCAGCCCGGGGAUAACGUCACCGUCUUCUCCGUCGAUAGCGGGCCGGUGGAGCCCGCUGACCUCGCCGUCGACUGACAUGGCGAAGCUGUCCAUCGUGGAGGAGGCGGCGGCGGGGCAGGAGAAGCUGAACGAGGCGGCAGAGGAGCGGGCGAUAAAGGAGAAGAGGUUCUACUUGCACCCUUCGCCACGGUCGUCCGGGCAGAGGACGGCGGAGCCCGAGCUGCUGCACUUGUUCCCGACGACCUCGCCGGCCAUUGGGCCAUAA